AUGAAGCUUUUAUUCACUUUAUUUGUUAUUGCUACUUUAUUAUCCGUCGCUUUUGCUGAUGGUAUUUUUAAUAGUACAUUAGCUGUAGGAGAAGUAGGAAAGGGUAAAUUAAAGACUGUUACCUUUUCUUCAGUAGCAUUACCAGCUGCUACCUUCCAACUUGAUGCUGUUCAAGUAUUCCUUGUCAAUGAUACUAGCAAGGCUCAAUUCGAACAUGGUUCACUUGUUGUUGCCAGUGUUGAUAUUACCAUUGGUGGAAAAAAGGUUAUUGGUUUCACUGCCUCUACUCUUGAAAACCCAUUAGUUUUCCCAUCUCCAUAUGCUUUGGCUGUUACAGGACCAGUUGAUAUUACUGUUCAACUUUUCGUUACCAACAAGACACCAGUUAAUGUUACAUUGGAAUAUUUCCUCAAGUGGUCAACUGAUGCCAACUAUACACCACUUGUUAGAACUGCCACCUCCGCUGUUCAAAACUACAGUUCAUUCAAUGUACCAGGUACUGGACCAGCUCAAUUUGUCAUUCAAAACAGUGUCCAAUGGCAACAAAACAUCAAUGCCAUGUCAUUCCAAGCUUCUGGUUCACAAGGUAUUAUUUCACUCCAAUUUGUAGACACCACCUCCAACACUGUCCUCUGCACAUCGACCGGUAACUACAAGAACAAGAUUUUGAUUACCAUGUCACCAUGCAAUGACGUCAUUGCCUUGACCAAGGGAACCACCUACACUACCAUUGCCACCUAUGACAAUAGCGUUGCCAUCAAGGGUGUAUACGGAAACUUUGCCUUGUACGUUGGUUACACUCCAAAGCCAUCGACUACCUCCACCUCCACCGGAAAGACUACUGGUCCAGCCACCUCUACCUCGUCUACCGGUAAGACCACUGGUCCAUCCACUACUGGUCAAACUACCAGCCCAGCCACCUCUACUGGAAAGACCUCUGGUCCAUCCACUACUGGUGGUCAUGCUGCUUCAUCAACUGGAAAGACCACUGGUGGUCACAGUGCUGGUGGAAGUGCUGGCGGUAGCGCUGGUGGUUCCUCAUCUGCUGGCGGUACUACUACCUCUGGUACCUCCUCCAACCCAUCCGGUUCAAUGUCCUCCAACCCAACCGGUACCUCUUCCGAAUUCACCACUGCCGGUACCUCUUCCAACCCAACUGGUGACUCUACCACUGCCACUGGCGGUGUUACCGUCUCCCCAACUGGUUAUGCUUCUUCUGGUAUGGCCGAACAAAAGGUCUGGGAAAAGAAUACCAGAGCUACAAAGAAUAUUAAAUUCUAUUAA